UUCCUCUUACACUUUUUAAGUAAUAAAGCAAAACGGAGGAGUCUUGGGCAUGGCGACGACGCUGCUAAACUCCUAAAACCCUAACCCUAAAACCCCAAUCUACGACCACCGAUCUUUCGUCAUCCCACAACGCCAUGAACGUCGAUCGCGACCAAUCUCACCUCACUACGAAGGUCCAGACCCUUCAAACCCUAACCGCUGGCCCCCUUUCCUCCUCGAUCGCCAAGCUCUCCGCUUCCUCACGCUGCAUUCCUUCCGACAAGGACUUUCACUUCUACCGCAACUUCGACGAAUUCAAGGUCCCGAUCGCCGAUAUCGCCAGGGAAUCGCGGUCGAUUCUUGAAGCCAUCGGUGCCUCCGGGAGCAUUUGGGGCAGGGAGGCGGCAACAGCAACGGCAGGGGCGUUCCCCGCCGACAUGGACGAAGCGUACGACUGGAUGGUGAGCGUUAACGACGACAUUUUGGAACGGUUUGACGUGUUGGCGGACGAGUGCAGGAGGGUUCGUCAGCAGCAGGAGGAGGCUGGGCGUCCGGCGAGUGCAGCGGCGAUGGAGGGUUCUGACGACGGCUUUCAGUUGGUUUGUGGGAAGAAAAAGAGAGGGAGCAGUCGUUUGGGGUCUCUGGGGAAUGUGACCAUGGAUUCAGAGACGAGUUUGGCGGCGUCGGCCGUUAAGGUAGCAACGAAGGACAAGAAGACAGCGGGGCCGAAGCCAAAGGUUCCGUUUCACAUACCAACAAUUCGGAGGCCUCAGGAAGAGUUUAACAUACUGGUUAACAAUUCAAACAUGCCUUUUGAGCAUGUUUGGUUGGAGAGGAGUGAUGAUGGUCUGAAGUUUAUUCAUCCACUGGAAAAACUCAAUGUUUUGGACUUUGUUGACAAAGAUCUUGGUAAUCUUGUGCCAGUCAAACCUUCCUCCCUAGAUAGCACCCCCUUCAAGCUAGUGGAUGACGUCAAAGGUUUGAAGGAGUUGGCUGCUAAGCUGCGUUCUGUUGAUGAAUUUGCGGUUGAUUUGGAGCACAAUCAAUAUCGAUCAUUCCAAGGGUUGACCUGUCUGAUGCAAAUCUCAACAAGAUCUGAAGAUUUUGUUAUAGACACUUUGAAACUCCGUAUUCAUGUUGGACCCUAUCUAAGGGAAAUCUUCAAGGAUCCUUCGAAGAGGAAGGUCAUGCAUGGUGCUGAUCGAGAUAUUGUGUGGCUCCAACGAGAUUUUGGCAUUUACAUUUGUAAUUUAUUUGACACUGGCCAGGCUUCAAAGGUGUUAAAAUUGGAGAGAAAUAGUUUGGAGUAUCUUCUGCAUCACUUCUGUGAGGUUACUGCAAACAAAGAAUACCAGAAUGCAGAUUGGAGGUUACGCCCUCUUCCUAAUGAGAUGCAAAGAUAUGCAAGAGAAGAUACACACUAUCUGCUGUAUAUGUAUGAUUUGAUGAGGAUUAAGCUAUUUUCGAUGCCUAAGGAGUCUGAAAGUUCUGAUACACCUCUGGUAGAGGUGUACAAGCGCAGUUAUGAUGUCUGCAUGCAGCUAUAUGAGAAAGAACUUUUGACAGAGAACUCCUACCUCCACAUAUAUGGGUUGCAAGGCGCUGAUUUUAAUGCUCAACAGCUUGCCAUUGUUUCAGGCCUUUGUGAAUGGCGGGACCUUGUUGCUCGGGCAGAGGAUGAGAGUACUGGAUAUGUAUUGCCAAAUAAAUCUCUUCUUGAAAUUGCUAAACAGAUGCCUCUCACUACAAGCAAGCUGCGGCGAUUGGUAAAGUCAAAGCAUCCAUACAUUGAACACAAUCUUGAUACUGUUGUCAGCAUAAUUAGGAAUUCCCUUCAAAAUGCUGCUGCCUUCGAAGAAGCUGCCCAACAAUUGAAACAACUUGCUGCUUCUGCAUCAGAAGUUGUAAAUGUCAAAGGUGGAAGUGAAGAUGCGCAGCAACACACACAAAACUCAAAGGUUGGAAAUGCUAUUCGAAUUGAAAACACUAGUUGUGUUAAUAUCCAAGGGAAUUCACUUACAUUCCUAGACCUUAAACAGGAAACUAUCCAGCAACAGGGUACAAACGUUCUUGUAAAAGUCAAGCCUGCAAGCCACCCUUCAGAGCCCCCAAGGGACAGUCUUACUAUUGCAGAGCAGCAUAAGGAUGGAAAUGGUAGCACAUUUGCAAUCACAAAGGGAAAUGGUGCCACUGUUCAAGUGCUAAAAAAACCUACUGGCGCUUUUGGAGCACUGCUGGGAAAUUUAGCUUCAAAGAGGAAGCUUGAUCCUGAUAAGGGCAAGGAAGAUACCAAGCUGGAGCAGAUUAAAUCUUCAGUUAAUCUUCCUUUCCAUUCAUUUUCGGGCAGAAAUGAGAAGCCAAAUCCUGUGGUAGAACCUCCUACUGUAGCAUCUGAAACAUCUGACUUACAGAAACCUAUUUUAGAACCAGUUUCCACCUCCAGUCUAGAAGAGAUCAUAAUGCUCGAGUCCGGUGUGGGUGAAGAAAAUACAGAGCAGAAUGACCAAGAAAAUUCUAACGAGCACAGGGAGAAAAACUCCAGCGUGUCCACUUCAGGAGAAGAGGACGACAACAACGAGCCAUCUUCUCUCUCAGAAUUGUCAUCAAGCUUUCAAAAGUGCUUUCAGUCAAACAAUAAACAGAGUAAAACCAAACAACCCAAGAAACUAGAUCAACCCGGUGGCUUGUUGAAGCUGAAGCCGUUUGACUAUGAAGAGGCUAGAAAACAUAUCAAGUUUGGGGAAAAGACAAAUCAUUCAUCUCCGGAGAAUGAUGAUAGCCAUAGAGAGCAAGAUGACUCAGGUAGCAAGAAGAAACGUUCAACGGGACAGGGACAGGGGCAAACAAGUGAUUUGGCAAAACAAUUGCCGCAAGGUAGAAGACGCCAGGCAUUUCCAGCUUCUGGGAAUCGUAGUGCAACUUUCCGCUAUGAUUCAUGAAUGCUAUGUACAAAGUAAAUUGGAAACCAAAAUGUUGCAUUUAAGAAUCACAUGUCUUGUCCCUUAAUUUUACGUGUUUCAUUUACAAGAAUGAGAACUUUUUGAAGCUGAGCAGCACUUAAC